UCAGCCUUCUCCUUAAUUUGCAACACCUCGUACAUUUCUUUCCAACUCCAACUUGCCGCCAUGCCUCCAACUCGUUCAGCUAGCCAACAGCGCUUUCUUCCAAACGAAUCGCCUACACGAAACGGCCGGCCGAAACCAAAACCAAACUCGGCUACUAUUCCUGAACAUGAAGUCAUCGUUUUGUCUUCGGAUAAUGAGAAUGCCCGGCCCAGCAAAAUUGGUUCGUCAUCAAGAUCCAAAAGGAAGCCUUACAAGAAGCCCUAUCCGACGCGCGAAGUUCUGGAGAUAUCGUCAUCCUCGGAUGAAGGACCAAUGCUUCCAAAAGCGCUGGGAAAUGAUGGCUCAUCUUGGCAGCGGGAGAAUUCAAAAAUCAAGCAGAUGAGCGAAGACUUAGAGCGGCAGGUCGCUGACCAGCGCAUACAACUCGACAAUUUGAAGAUGCGUCUCGAGGAGCAAAAUCAAGAACUUGUUGCACAAUCUCAGGAAAUUGAUGCCAGUCAUCAGGAGAUCCACUUGCAGCGGGAGAAACUUGCUGCCUUGCAAGCAAAAGGCACAUCGGAAUCGACCAUAGAUGCUACCAAGUUGGGCGACAUGCUAUCUUGCGAUAUAUGCGCGCAUUUGAUGUACUCUCCUUACCUUCUCCUUGAUUGCGGACACUCUUACUGCGAGGGAUGCCUCAAAGGCUGGUUCGACGAAACACUCACUAAACAUAUUCGCGCACAUCCCGGAUACAACGUGAACCGCCGAUUUGUGCCUCGGAAUCUUCCUCAAGUUCUUAACGCCAUUGGUCCAUACAUCUCGUAUCAGAUUCAGAUGACGCUGCAGGCGAUGUAUAAUGUUUCCCGACAACAGCAGCCAGAGUAUACCUGUCCAGGAUGUCGGACGGAGAUCACAGGAAAACCGGUUGUAAACUUUGUAGUCAAAGAUAUGGUUUCGAUCGUCGGGAGCGUUCUUCGGCAACCUGACACUCGCCGGGAGUCUUCUAAUAUUGGUCAUGGGCAGCAGGCAGGUCCAUUUGACGGCUUUUUCCCUCGAUGAUUAGCUCUAGUGUACUGUACAGAAAUUCUCCAUCCUUCUACGUUAUUUGCAUAUUCUAUCAUACGUAUGUAUACCAUAAACUAAACUAUGGUACA